UCGACAAUAACAGAACAUGCAUGGUAUGCGAUGCGAUGCGUCGGAAUCUUGGAACGGAAUCUGGAAUGGAACGUGUGAAUUCUGCUCCUUGUCAUCGACUCUUCGCUUGCAACGCGACUACGGCCGGCUGUGCCUGCCUGUGCCUAUGCCUAGCCAUUAGCUCUAUUGCUGAUUACGGUGUUAAGGCUUCUGAUCUAUUAUGCUUUACAUAUCAGCGGUCAAACGUUCAGUGCCUUGAAAGUUUAUCCUUGUGUUUGUUUGCUUGUCUGCUCUGCUCUGCCCGUCUGCUUGACAACCUGAACUUCAGCCCUGCACAAACGAACCAUAUAGAGAAAGCUAUUUUAGUCAAAGAAGAAAGACUAUGUACUAAAACAUCAUUCAGUUGGAGGUCUAAGAUUAUGAACGUUGAUGAAGAAUACCUGCCAUCGUUUCAAAGAAGGGCCGCAAAGAAGAAGUUAGAUGUUGACGUCAGUGUUGCACCACUUCGUGUUCUUCGAAGCAAAUCGUCUAGAAUCACCAAUGCAACCCAUCCAGCAUGGGCCAGUGAUGAUGAAAAUGCUACUGAUACGGAACUUGCAGCCAUGGGACAAGACGUAUCGGGUUGCACUAUUCACGAAAAAAAGCAAUUGCUGAAAGCCUUGAAGGAAUCUGAAAAUGACCUGCAGAAGUCCAAGAAGAGAAGAAAUGCAGAAGGCUUAUCUCCAAAAAAGGAUGGAGGUCCCAGUCAGUUCUAUUUGGAGAGCAAGAAGGCCAAAGAUGAACAGUCGCGUGAUUGCAAAUAUCAAAGCACGGAUGAACUCAGAACUUUCAAAGCGUCAAUGGAUUGCAAAAUUACGAAUUUUGUGUCCUAUGCGAAGUCUGAUCAGGACCUUCUGUUGAUUAGAAACAGGAAGGAUGAAAGUAGAAGGUUGAAUUGGCAAUAUGAUUCAGCAACUGGGCUGAGUAGAGAAGAGCACUUUGAUGCUGUGCUCACAGAAAUGGACUACUCGUUCCAAGUUGCUAGGCAAGAAGGCAUUUCAUCUCUAGCGUACAAUCAUGAUGAUAUCCUUGCUGAUGCCGUUGAAAUUCCUUAUCAAGAUGUUUUGCGCUUCAACAAUACUCACACAACUUCUGCCAAGUGCUUCACUCCAGCUACAAAGAACUCAUUGCAAGCUUGUAUGGAUAUCACUCAAAGGGCCAUCGUAAAAAACGUGGGCCUCUUAAGCUUGAAAGAUGGUGUGGAUUUGGACAAAAAUUCCAACUACCGCAGACAUCCACAGACAUCUCCCAGAGGCAGAGACCUAAGACAAAAUUUGGCUGGCCCAUCAGGACUUUCCAUGGUUGGUAAAGUUCAAUCUCUGCCAGCACGCCGUGAAACAAUGGAACCAAUUGAAUGCCCAAAGUGCAAUGCGAAGAUCAACCCUAUACAACUAGAGGAGCAUUCACUUGAGUGCCAAGUCUCUGCUGAAGAUGACAAGUCUGAAGACUCGGAGGAGCAGUAUUUAAGGUGCAUCUGUGGUGUGUCCAUUCCAGAAAGUAUGCACGAGUCUCACUCGAAGAGGUGUCGUGAGAAGAAUGGUGGAUCCGGCAAUCCCUCAAAAGGAGCUAUCAUAAAAUCUUUGGCACUGGAGUGGGGGAGUGAUGAGGAAGAUGGCGUUCUCUCAGCUGAACACAGCAAAGAGAAAGAAUUCAAGCUAGGGGCCAUUCCAAAGAGACUGCAUCAGUCUCAAUUGAAGAAAUGUCAAGAGAAGAAUGAUAAGCCAAAUAUGCUCUCAAAAGAAGAAAUCAGGAAAUCUUUAGUGUUCGAGUGGGAGAGUGAAGGAGAAGAUGGCGUUGAAUUGGCUGCAUACUGCAAACGAUUGAAGCAAGGGAAAUCUUCUAAAAAUGAUAUUCACAGCAAGAAAUGUUACAUGCCGCCAACCAAGAGGAGCAAGUCUAAUAAUUAGAUACAUUUCAAAGUUAAGCAGGAUUAUGUGGUCGAAAUUGAUUGUUACAACAGAGAUGUUGAAGCACCAGGGAAGGUUAUCUAUUCUGAUUUGAUAAGUUUUCAUUAAUUUUUUCUGAAUUAAUUUGCUGUUCUUAAUUUAAAUGGCAAAAUAUCUUAUGAGUUCAAUGUAUCCAGGGAAUCUGAUAAAUGAUAAGCCAACUUAGAAAUUGCAUUCAAAGAAUAUAUUCUUACAUGUAUGCUAUCUGUUACUUGUUAAAUGCGCUUGUGGUGAACAAUCUUUUUACUGGAGGUUCUUCACCUUGCUCACUCCCUUCAGAGUCGCUAAUUAUUUCAUUCCCUUGAUCUGCUUGUCUUUUGGCACC